AUGGAGGAGGAACCAUCUGCAAAACGUUAUCGACGUGACGAUAAUGUGGACCCAACGAAUCCAGACCCCUCGAUUGUCGUACAUGUUCGAAAUUUAAGCUCCAAAGCAACUGAGGCAGAUUUGCUGGAAGCAUUGUCACAUUUUGGUCCUAUAUCCUAUGCAACAUGUAUGCCUGGUAAACGAAUGGCUCUAGUAGAGUUUGAGGAUGUUGAAGGAGCUCGUGCUUGCGUAGUUUAUGCCCAGACAAAUCAGAUAUAUGUUGCUGGUCAGGCAGCACUCUUUAAUUAUUCAACUUCAAAAAUGAUACAGCGACUCGGUUUGGAAUCUGAGCACCCAAAUCACGUUUUGAUACUUACGAUAUACAACGCUCAGUAUCCCGUCAAUGUUGACGUCAUUCAUCAGAUCUGCUCACCGCAUGGUUUUGUGAAACGAAUCGCGAUGAUUCGACGUACGAUGCUGCAGGCUUUGGUGGAGUUUGAAAGUGCUGAUAUAGCUAAAAAAGCAAAACACGCAAUGAAUGGGGCGGAUAUUUAUUCAGGAUGCUGCACCUUAAAAGUUGAAUUUGCUAAGCCCGAUCAUGUGAAAGUGACGCGUAACGAUCAAGACCAAUGGGAUUAUACAACGGCUCUGCCUGGACCAGUUUUUGUCCAGUGUAAAAAGAAAAUAGUUCUGCAGCAAGAGGUUCCAGCCGGAUCUCGAGGAGGUUACCGAGGAGGUAGAGGCCGAGGCCCCAACCCACGAGGCAGGUAUGGUGGAGGAUAUGGUGAUGGAAGAGAUGACCGUUAUGGCGGUGACGGUUAUGGUGGUAAUUAUAAGGACUACGAUGACGGAUACGGCGGGGGAGGCGAUGAUUAUUACGGAAGAGGAGGGGGUUAUGGACGAGAUGAAGGAGGAUAUGGAAGAGGCGGAGGUUACGGCAGGGGAGGUGGUUAUGGCCGCGGAAGAGGUGGGUAUUCAGAUUAUGGUCGUGGAGGUGUUGAGGCUGGAGGAGGUUAUUACCCACAUGGAGAAACAAUUGAUGGUACCGUCGUCAUGGUGUACGGUGUUGACCAGAAAUCUUUAAACUGCGACAAAUUAUUUAACUUGAUGUGCCUUUAUGGGAAUUGUGAAAGGAUAAAGUUUAUGAAGUCAAAGCCGGAUACCGCUAUGGUUCAAAUGGGCAACUUGAGAGAGGUUUACACAGCAAUAGACAACCUUCACGGAGUUGAAAUUUUUGGGCAAACUCUUGCUUUAAGGCCUUCAAAGCAGCAGUCUUUACAUGACAUCCGUGACCCAUUUGAACUUCCUGACGGAACCCCGGAUUACACGGGCAGUCGCAAUCAGCGAUAUUCCACUCCAGAACUAGCUGCUAGAAAUCGGAUUGUGCGUCCUACUAGUACUCUUCAUUGGUACAAUGCGCCAGUGACGAUGACUGAGGAUAAGUUGAAAGAGCUUUUCGCUGACAGCAAAGCAGCUGUUCCAAAAACAGUGACUAUAUUCCCUCAACGCUCCAGCCGCAGUUCAGCAGGCGUGUGUGAUUUUGAAAACACGCGACAGGCUACAGAAGCUCUUAUUCUUGCAAACCAUACUCCGGUGGAAAGCCCAGUUGGGAAGGCCCCAUAUAUUGUUAAGCUGGCAUUUGCUGGUGGUCGCGAUGGGAAGGAUUACAGAAGCUGA